GUAUAUUGUAGAAUAGCAACAAAGUGGAUAAGACCUCAGCGCACCAAUGACGUUUUCUAAAUUAACUACGUGCUAGAAAACGACGAUAGCCCACUUCAUUGAAUAAGUACAAAAUAAAUUUUUAUUUCACAUCAUAAAGUAGUUGUAUACGGUAUAAAUGUAGAAAACGAACAAAAAAAAACACUUUUUGUAUAUUCUUUGUUCAGAUCGAAAUUCUAGUAAAAGCAAAAAUAUUUUUUAAAAACUUGGUGCAUUUCUGUUGUGUUUGUGUUCGUGCGAACUCUUUAUUAUUCUAUUCUACAUCGUCAUCGUGAGCUGUUGUGAAAGUAUAAACUCAAAUUUCGCCAUUUAACAAUUCAAACGAAAAAAAAACCUCAGUAAGAAAAAAAAUAUGGUGGAAUCAACAUCAACUGAAGGUGGCAAUGUCAAUGAAACCAGCUUCGUUGGCAGCAUUAUUGCCGAAAUUAUCCACAGUCCGCUCAAUCUACUGUUAGUGUCUUUAAUUGCAUUUCUCAUCUAUAAAAUAAUAAAAAGUCGUUCAGACACCGGCCCACCAAAUGUACCACCCGAGCCCGAAUUGCCGAAACUUCGAAAGGACUUUACCGUACAAGAGCUCAAGAAAUUCGAUGGCAAUCAGCCGGAUGGUAGAGUGUUAGUUGCAGUUAAUGGUCAUGUAUAUGAUGUGACCAAAGGUCGCAAGUUUUACGGUCCAGGCGGACCAUAUGCCGCAUUCGGUGGUCGCGAUGCAUCCCGUGGAUUAGCUACAUUCAACGUAACUAGCUCUGACACUGAAGAAUACGAUGAUUUAAGCGAUUUGGAUACUAUGGAAAUGGAAUCGGUUCGUGAAUGGGAAAUGCAAUUUAAAGAAAAAUACGAAUAUGUCGGCCGUUUGUUGAGACCCGGAGAAGAGCCAAAUAGCUACUCAGAUGAAGAAGAAGAAUCCAGUGAAUCGGCCAAAGUUAACAAACCCGAAAACAUCACAAACAUAAGUUCCACAGAAACUUCCGGUACAGCAUCGGAAAAAUCGAAAGAUGAAUGACUGAUACUGUCACCAACAAAAAAUCCAAAUAGCCCCAAUAAAAGAACCAAAUCACUAACAUCCGUAAAAGAUUCAUCGAACAGUAGUUCUAAUAAAGUAAACAAUAAUGAAUUUAUUGGAGCAAAUGGCACAAAUGAUCAACAACAAAAACAAUAAAAAAAAACAUUGUAUUGUGAUAUGUUCGUUCUUUUUACACAAGUUUGAUUUUUUUUUGUUUUGUGUUAAAAGGAUAUUUUCUAUUGAGAAUCAUGGAAAAUUGAGAUUGGAAAAAAGUUGGAAAAAAAAUUAAUGUUGGGCUGAACGUGUUAUGUACUAUGGAAGGAAUAAAGGCAGCCGUAUAGAUUUCUUUAUCAUAAGCUUUACUUUCAAUUCCAAUAAAAUAUUCUCGAUAUUAAUGCUGUAA